GUGAACUCUGACCUCUACUUCGUCUUGACAGUUAAAAGUACAGGUCGCCAUUUUGGGCGACGACUACUCGAACAGUCACACGUGUUUUGAAAGUCUGGGGUAUAAUUGAGUGAAAAUAUGAAGACUUUCGGCUUAUUUGUAUUUUCGAUGACAGCGUACUUAACAUCAGUUUACACUAGAACGCCAAACGAGACUGUAGCGGUGGUGCUCAAAAGUCUUCCUGUGGCAACACUGGCGGUUUUCGUUCAGGUAGAGAAAAGGUGUCACACUGCAUACGCGCGCCUCCUAGCGGCUGGCCUGAUGUUCUCAGCAGUGGGAGACUUCUGUUUAUUCUGGCAGCACCUGCCACAGUGGUUUAUUUUCGGUCUCCUAGCCUUCGCCGUGGCACAGCUUCUCUACGCCUUGGCUUUUGACGUCACUCACGUCACCUUUGACGGCACCACCGUCGUCACCAUGGCAACCGCAGUCCUGACGUACGCCUACAUCCUCCCUGGGUUAAAGGGCGCCAUGACGUCACUGGUCGGCUUGUACGUCAUCCUCAUCUUCUCCAUGACAGCUGCGGCGACGUCAUGUUUACGUCGGGACGUGACGUGGCCAAGACUGUCCGCCUGCGUCGGCGCAGUGCUGUUCGUCGUGUCCGACUUUGUCCUGGCCGUGAACAAGUUCCGCUUCCCCCUCCCACAUGCUAGGUUUCUCAAUUUGUCCACGUACUUCGCUGCACAGUGUCUUAUAGCAUUCUCUGUUCUCGAGUCUGAGCAAGAUCCUAAAGCUUUGGGGACACCCAAAAGACGGGGAAAGGAAAACUGAUGAUAUUACGUCGAAGAUGGUUAGAUAUCCAGGUGAUAAGAUACACAAGUUAACAAUUACAUUUCAGAUGACAUCCACUACCUUUUUUCCGUGGCUGAAAAAAAAUUAAUUUCCUGAAACGUUCCAUCGUUUCGAAAAUCUAUUGGUGUUCUGGACCAACCGCUGUCUUGUAUAUAAUUACAUUUUUAUUUCUAGGGAGAAUGUGAUAUUCUUUAAGAGACAUGGAACAAAUACAAGUAACGUUAUACCCAUUUUCACAGUCUGGUUUGAAACUUUUUCGUGGUUGGACAGAAGUCACCCGAAAUACAGAUAAAGAUGAUUGUUAUGGAAGAUUACGAGUCAUAUAUAUGAGAGAAUGCCAAUAUACAAAGUUAUCUUGGAUAAUUCAUUUAAUACUAUAUAUUACGUACAUUGUCAAAUAAAGUUAUCAGUAAAUGUAACACCUGAACUGAGUAACGUAUAUGUACUAGAUUGCGGCUUCGAAAAGGUGUCUUUUGACACUUGUUCCGCCAUACCCUCCAGUGUGGAGAAUCCAAAUAAAUAGAUACUAUUCUUUACUAUA